CCGCGGCCCCGGGCCCGCCAUGGCGCCGCGGUGAUGCGCGGCGGGGCCGGCCCGGGGGCGGCGGGGCCGAGCGCGACCGGGAGCCCCAUGCGGGGGCCGCCGCCAUGGGGCAGGUCCUGGGCUUCGCCCACUGCAAGGAGGCUCCGUCCACGGCCUCCACCACGCCGGACUCCAGCGAGGGCGGCCCCGAGGCCUUCCCGGAGCUGCCGCCGGAGCCCCCCGAGGAGGAGGAGGAGGAGGAGGAGGAUGAAGAUGAGGAGGGGGCGGCGGCUCGGGGGGACCCCCGGGACGCCCCCCGGGACCCCCCCCGGGAAUUGACCUUCUCCUACAUCGCCUUCGGGACCCCCCCGGCCGAACCGGGACCCCGCGGCCGCCGCGACCCCCGCCGGGCCCGCGCCCCCCCCCGCCCCCGGGGCCCGGAGCCCCGAGCGGCCGCCGGGACCCCCCAAAAACCCCCCGGGCACCCCCCGGGACCCCCGAGGGGCUCCCGCGGGGUCUGGGGGGGGGCGGGGCUGAGGAGACCCCCGGGAGCCCCGGUGAGGAUUUUGGGGGGGUCCCUGGGGGGCGUCUGGGGGUCCCUUGGGGGGGUCUGA